AUGACUGCUGAGGCCCCAAUUGCGGUUCCCGAGGGGUUCACUCUGCACACGGAGAACAACUCCUACAUCCUGCGAUCGGCAGACAACGAGGCGUUCCUCAAUCCUGUCCAAGAAUUCAAUCGCGAUCUCAGCGUCGCGUGCAUCCGUACGUGGAGCGAGCUGCUGAACGAGGAGAAGGAGAAUAAAUGGAGGCAAGGCCAGGAGAAGCGGGCACGCAAGCUCGAGAAGGGGCCGAAGGCGAAGCGUGCAAAAAUUGAGACCUCUGCGUCUGAUGCUGUGGAAGAGGCUGAUCCCGGAGAAGCUAAACCUGAAGUAAAGACCGAUGAUGUGCCACCACCUUCUGAGGAAUCCGGAUCUGCAGAGAGCCCGACCAAAAUCGCGUCCGAUUCUUACAAGCAGAAGGAGUAUCGACCGUAUAAAUCUGUCAUCCUCGAAGCACUGUCUGCGACUGGGUUGCGUUCCAUCCGGUAUGCUAAGGAGAUCCCCUUGGUAAAAUAUGUCAUAGCAAAUGACCUUUCCCCGACUGCGGUUGCAGCAAUGAGGAGGAAUAUCGAGAUCAAUGGACUCGGAGGAGAGGAAGGGUCGGGCCAAGGGUCCUCCGGAUCCGCUGAAGCUGGAAGUAGCCAAGGUCCAGCAAAAUCACCAAAAGUCAGAGUCAAUGAAGGUGAUGCAUGCGUUUUGAUGUACAAUCAUCAUGCGGAGAAGGAACGCGUCGAUGUGGUAGACCUGGAUCCCUACGGUACAGCAGCACCAUUUAUUGACGCAGCUGUUCAAUGCGUCACCGACGGAGGGUUACUCUGUGUGACUUGCACAGAUCUCGCCGUAUUGGCGACGCUGAACUAUCCUGAGAAAUGCUUCUCUAACUAUGGUGGCACAUCUGUCAGGGCGGAGUACUGUCAUGAAGCGGCCCUCCGUCUGGUCCUGAAUACGAUAUCGACAAGUGCAGCGAGAUAUGGACGCUAUAUCCAACCGCUGUUGUCGCUCUCGAUCGAUUUCUAUGUUCGCAUUUUUGUCCGUAUCAACUCUUCCCCCACCGAGGUCAAAAAAGCGUUCAGUGGCUGUCAGGCCUUCUACAACCAACCCCUAGGUCGGAUAGUUGAGCAAGUCCAUGAAGCCAGUGGGAAUAUCAACUUGCAGUACAAAGCCCAUACUGGACCAACAGCGGCCGAUAAGUGCCCCGAAUGUAACUCUAUCCUCCAUAUCGCUGGUCCAAUGUGGUCAGGUUCCUUACACGACACCGCCUUCGUUGGACGAGUAUUGCAGCAUGUGGAAGCGUCUGAGGGCAAAUAUGGAACUGCCACUCGCAUGAAGGGUAUGCUGUCGGUCGCGAAAGAAGAGUUAGAUAUUCCUUUCUAUUUCACCCCGCCUAAGAUUGCAGGAUUUUUCCACUGUGUAUGCCCCUCUUUGGAUGACGUGGCGUCGGCCCUACUGAAUGCUGGUCACCAAAUAUCCCGUUCGCAUGCAGCUGCUGGCUCAUUGAAAACAACAGCCACACGCGCCGAGUUGUAUGAUAUGUACCGCUCCUGGAUAAAAACGCAUCCGGUAAAGAUGGAGAAAAUAUCCCAGACGUCGCCGACGCAUCACCUGUUGAGCCGGGAAUUAAAAACGGAAGCCAACUUCAAGAAACAUCCACAGUGGAUGACAUCUAAAGCUUCCCACGUGAAGCUUGUGCGUUACCAAGAAAAUCCUCUGCCAAACUGGGGCCCUGGCAAAAAAGCUGGCUCGGGCACAAAGAGGAAACGGGAUCAAGCGGAUGACUAG